AUGGAGUGGUACACACGGAUCACUAGCAGCUUGAUUGGCAACCCAGCGAGGCCUCGUGUAGAUGGUCGAGGAUAUGCAGCACUCGCAGGACAGUCUACGGACCGUACAAAGGAUGCGCUGGGAGACCUUGGACCAUAUAGAGCCCCUGAGACAACUGGAUAUACAGUGCGGAUGCCGCCAGUUCAUCAUCCACAGGGUGAGCGGCCAGUUCGUGAUCUACAGGGUGGCACGGACUUAUUCGAGGACUUCGACAUGUUUACCAGCCAAGAUGUUUCAGCUCCAGCUCGGGCACCAUCUACAUCUCCGGCUCCAGAGCCUACUCAGGAGACCGCUGAGGAGCCAGCUCAGGAGCCUUCUAAGGAGCCCUCUCAGGAGCCCGUCGACACACAAGUUCAUUCUUCUACGUCUGUGGACCCGUCUCCAGCUCGGGCACCAUCUACAUCUCGGGCUUUAGGGCCUACUAAGGAGCCCGCUCGGGAGACUGCUGAGGAGCCAGCUCAGGAGCCCUCUCAUCAUCCAUCUCAGGAGCCCGUUGAUACACAGAUUUGA